AUGGCACCACAAUGCAGUAACACGACGAUAGAGGGCCCCGUGCCCAGCGACGCGGGUGUCGCGGGCACAGGUGUUCUCCUGUCCUUCUUCUUCACAGCCAUCCUUGCAUUGGGCCUCAGUCUCACAAUCAUCCUCUCCGAAUUCAGAAACAAAACCUCGAGCAUUCGACGGCGGCUUCUCAGCAGUUACUCCGAUCAGCAGAUUCUGCAGGGCAUCGGCAUCCAUGCAGUCGGCCUCGCCAAGCGGGACACGAUGCUGCCCUACCACUUUUUUAUCAUCUGGUGCCUCGGUCUUCUCUCGCAGGCCGUUCACAAUGCGACGCUGCUGUCUCUGGUCCACGACUUUCGCCGCGACUGGGUCCUGCGCUGGUUGCGACAAUUGCUCAUGUUCGUCAAUCUCGGCCUCUCCGUCGUCUACGGCGUGUUCAUCCUGCGCGCCGUCGAGACAGGCCUCGCCGACGACCCCAUCCCAAUCUCGUGCGUGUGGGAGACGAACAGCGGCAACGGCUCGUCGAACCGUAGCGGCCUCAGCUAUUUUGGCACCAUUGCCGUCAUGGCCGCUAACGUCCUCGUAUUCGCCCUAGCGAGCUGGUACCUGCAUUGCGGAUCCAGCGCUUCGCAAAAUCGUCAAGCUUAUGGGCCACGUGCUCCAUGGCGCCCUGGCGCCGGCGCAUUGUUCGGUGCGGUGCUGGCGUCCGACGCUCUCGGCCACGGGCCGAGCUUUGAGCUGGCGCCCGGUGAGGAGGCCUGGAGCUUCGGUCAGGUGCUCUCCGUCCUCGUGCUGCUCUUCCCUCUGGUGUCCAUGGUUGAGAUCCUUCGGGGCGAGCUGAGGGUGGCGCCGUGCGAUCUGUCUGAUGGCCAGGCAUGUGCCCCCAGCGACAUGGAGAUGAACAAGUUUCAGCCGAACCCGUUCUGGGGCUCACAAACGCAUUUGGUGAGGAAGUGA